UUUCGUAAACCCAUAGUGCGCUUCAUAUCUUUUUGGCGCCAAAAUGGCGGCUGAUUCGUUCACCAACAUGUUGUUGAGAAACAUCGGCGAUUCUCACGUGAGUUUUGUUUACUAACCGGAAAAGGGACUUGAGAAUGGCUUCUAAACCUUUCACCCCAGAGGAGACAAGGAGUAUUGUCCAGUCUUUGCAGAAACCUGCUGUGUUCCUGAACAUGACCGCAGACUGGCCAGCAUUGCAAUGGACCGUAGAGCACCUGUCAUCAAGACUUACAGAGAGAAUGCGUUUCCGUAUAGGGAAAAGGACUGCGGAUAGUGCUCCUCUUUUUGAAACUGACUGCUCCUACAUUGAUGCAACCCUUAAAGAGUUUCUUUGCUGGACUGCAAAAGAUGGUGAAUCAAAUGUUGGGCCAUUUUCUGCCUAUCACAACAAAGAAUUCUGGGCUUAUGCUGAUUACAAGUAUAUUGCCCAGCUUUUCCAGGACAAACCUGCUAUGUUUAAGGAUGUGGUAUGGUCAGACUUUGGCUUUCCCGGCCGUGAUGGACGAGAUAGCACGCUUUGGAUCGGCACACAGGGUGCUAACACUCCAUGCCAUCUUGAUUCCUAUGGUUGCAAUCUUGUCUUCCAGGUCCAAGGCAGAAAACGAUGGCAUCUCUUCCCCCCUGACGACACAUCUUGCCUCUACCCAACACGUAUACCAUACGAGGAGUCUAGUGUGUUCAGUCAGGUCAGUGUAGUCCAUCCUGACCAGAAGAAGUUUCCGGCUUUCAGAAGAGCUCAAGUUCACACAGUCACUCUGAAGCCUGGUCAGGUUCUGUUUGUCCCCAGACACUGGUGGCACUAUGUGGAGUCGUUGGACCCUGUGACCAUCAGUGUGAACUCCUGGAUUGAGAUGGAUAUGGAUGAUGAGGCCAGAGUAGGAGAAGCUCUUACUAAGACCAUUGUGUGUGCCCUGAAAAGUGCACCCAGCUUAAACAAUGACGACCAAUGGCUCAAUCCUACCGAGGAUGGAGUCUCUUCUCAUGAUGAAAACAUGCAGUAUUUGAACCUAGCUAUAAAGGCCUGUAUGGAUAAGAAGAGAGACAAUACUGAAGGUUCAUCCUUGCAUUCAGAGCAACCUAGGGUAGGGUCUGGAAAACGUGACUACAGUGGACAGAUCAAGACUUCAGUGUCUGACCAGUCCCCUUCCUUCGUGAUUCCCUUUGGCCCUCAUCUUAUUCCUGUCAUUUGUGAGGUACAUUUGGCUCAUAAACCCAGAUGCACCUGCCUAAAGGACACAUCUUGUUGUAGGCAUAAUGAUUUCUUACUGUGCCAAAGUAGACCACAAUCUCAAGAUAAACCUGAUAAAGAUGAACCUAGAGGUGAAAAUGAAUAUUGUCAAAGUUUAGGUCAGCAUGCAUAUCAGGAAACAGGAAGUGCAGGGACAUCAGAUGGACCGGCAGGAGGUGCUGGUGUAUACAUAUCCACCAAUGACCUGCUAGAGUGCAUGGUACACCCUGAUGUCAUCACCCUGGUUACAAGACUUCUAAUGUGCCGACAAAGAGAACUUAACUCUUGAUAAACUGUGUUGUGUUUAUUUUCUUUUUAGCUGGAUGAGCACAAUGUUUCUAAAUAUAAAUAAACUAUAUAAUGUUGAUUA